AUGUUAAGACUUAUCGUAGUGGUACUUGUCGCUUGUUGGUGGAGUUCGGCGGCAUUGGGAGCAACAGUACCUCAAAAGGAUCCGGAAGUGAAGGCGCGUUCAGCGGCAGCCCUACAGGACCCAGGAAGGAACGCUCGGAGUUUAGGCGGGCUAGGAUUGGGAGGAAUCGGAAUCGGAAUCGUUGGAGGUGCCAUUGGAGGAGGAGGAUUAUUUGGUCCACCUGCUAGUCCCUACGGUGGUUUUGGAGGACCUUUCGGUGGACCCUUUGGUGGGCCUUAUGGAUCUCCUUACGGUUAUCCGUAUGGAUCACCUUAUGGAUCUCCUUAUGGAGCAGGACCCUAUGGACCGAUUGGUGGUGGAUUCGGUCCUUAUGGCGGUAUCGGACCGUUUGGAGGCGGAAGCUUUGGAAGUUAUGGUGGUGGAUAUGAGUACGGAUACGGAGGAAAUUAUGGCUAUUACGGUUGA